AUGGGAAGAUGUGGUUCAACGCCAGCUUUGACAAUCUUCGUCGCUUGCGCUCUUUCUAUUCUAUUAGCUUUCUAUAUGGACCUGGAGAAGUUCUACAGAGAAGAUCAUACUUUCUACAAGGUCAUAAUUGGUGAUUUCAGCGUCAAAAUUGGCCCUAGAAGAACGCCUGAAGAAACGCCUUCGGAACUCAGGGCAUUCAAUGGAAUGAGCAGGGAAAGAGCCUUUCGGAGUUCAUCAUAA